CACGGACCAACGCGCAUCUGCAGGCGUCGCAAGACAUGACGAUUCCAGGCUCAGGCAUCUCAUCAAGCCGCAACCAUCGACGUCGACCACCUCCAAACUCCAUCUCUCCCUACGAAAUCCUCUACAUCGCCAAUACAGGUAGCGAGCUACCUGACGAUAUAACGAUCGAAGCGCCGCCAACGCCACCGAUAAGCUACCCGCCGCCGCGCGAUACCGAAGCUCCAAGUCGCCCGUCAUGGUGAAGCCCGUUGUUUCCGCGAUGAAUGCAUGGACAUGCAUCGUCGUGUCUCUGUUUGCCAUCGUCAUUCUCUCCACGAUCGGAGCUCUGUUCAAAGGACACAGCGGCACCGUGAUGGGAGGACAUGAAGACCCCGAGGAUGGUGGCGCAGUUGCCGGCGCGGUAUUCGGCGCCGUCUUCAUAUACAUUGGGUUCUUCGUCUUCUGCGGCCUGCAAGCCUUCCUCCACAUGCGCGAAAGCCGUCGCGGCGCGAUAAGCCUAUCAUAAUCCUGAACAGGAUGCGAAACACGAUUGAGCGGCAAGAUAAGACGAGAAAUCAUCUAAAGAAUCUUUGGAUGCGACGACGGCAUCGGGACAGGCAUGCGUCAUUGCGCCAGUGGAGGGAAGGCAGGGGCAAUUGUACAUUGUAAUAUGACACGGCGUUCAGCGGGCACAGGCGGGUUCAUACAUUUCCGUAGCAAGACAUUGAAUUAGCU